UUCAUCAUCUCUCUUUGAAGAAUUUCCAGAGCGAGAGAGUGAGAAAGAGAGAGAGGGAGAGGUGCUCUUUUUUGCAUAGUCGUUCUCGUCGAGAGACCUAUUUAUUAUACACGAAAAAGGAAGAGAGAAGAAGAAGAAGAAGACUGUUGAAAGAGAGAUAGAUAUGGAGGAUAUACAGGAGGAAGAGAGCGGUACGGACGAGGAGGUUCUGGGAUCGAGCUUGACCAUGGAGAAAGUGGCCGCAGCGAAGCAGUACAUCGAGAAUCACUACAGAGCUCAGAACAAGAACAUUCAGGAGAGGAAAGAGAGACGGUGGAUCUUAGAAAGAAAGUUAGCUUCUUCUGGAGUGCCAAAAGAGGAGCAAAUCAGCAUGAUUAAAGAUCUGGAGAGAAAAGAGACAGAGUUUAUGAGGCUUAAAAGGAACAAGAUUAGUGUUGAUGACUUUGAGCUUUUGACUAUCAUUGGAAGAGGUGCUUUUGGUGAGGUUCGCUUAUGUCGGGAGAAAAAGUCUGGAAAUAUUUAUGCCAUGAAGAAGUUAAAGAAAUCUGAAAUGGUCAUGAGAGGACAGGUUGAGCAUGUCAGAGCAGAGAGAAACCUGCUGGCUGAGGUUGCAAGCCAUUAUAUUGUGAAGCUCUACUAUUCAUUUCAGGAUCCCGAAUAUCUAUAUCUGAUUAUGGAAUAUCUCCCCGGUGGUGAUAUGAUGACCUUGCUCAUGAGGGAGGACACAUUACGGGAAGAUGUUGCCAGAUUUUAUAUUGCUCAAAGUGUCCUGGCCAUUGAAUCCAUACACAGAUACAACUAUAUUCAUAGGGAUAUCAAACCUGAUAACCUACUUUUGGACAAAGAUGGGCACAUGAAACUCUCAGAUUUUGGGCUCUGUAAGCCUCUUGAUUGUAGAAAUUUACCUUCAAUUCAGGAGAAUAGGGCCACCGAUGAUGAAACUAUGUCAGAACCUAUGGAUGUUGAUAGAUGUUUUCCCGACACUGAUAACAAGAGAAGCUGGCGCAGUCCCCAGGAACAACUUCAGCAUUGGCAGAUGAAUCGCAGAAAACUAGCGUUUUCAACUGUGGGAACACCUGACUAUAUUGCUCCUGAAGUUUUGCUGAAGAAAGGAUAUGGCAUGGAAUGUGAUUGGUGGUCAUUAGGUGCAAUUAUGUAUGAAAUGCUCGUUGGGUAUCCUCCUUUUUAUGCUGAUGACCCUAUAUCAACUUGCAGAAAGAUCGUCCAUUGGAGAAAUCAUUUGAAAUUUCCCGAGGAUGCGAAGUUGUCAUCCGAGGCAAAAGAUCUUAUCUGCAGGUUGCUGUGCAACGUUGACCAUAGGCUUGGUACUGGAGGAGGAGCCCAGCAAAUCAAGGAUCAUCCUUGGUUCAAGGAUGUUGUGUGGGAAAAGCUUUACGAAAUGGAAGCUGCGUACAAACCAGAAGUGAACGGCGAGCUAGAUACACAAAAUUUUAUGAAGUUUGAUGAAGUGAAUUCUCCUGUACCUGAAAGAACUAGAUCGGGCCCCUCCAGGAAGAUGCUUCUUGCUCCCAAGGAUUUAAGUUUUGUUGGCUACACGUACAAGAACUUUGACGCUGUAAAAGGAUUGCGUCAUUCACUUGAGAUGGCAAGAACUAUGUCUCUAGAUCGAUCACCAGCUGAGGCGAUGCCUGUGGAGCUGAUAAGCGGGGAAGCAGCAGAGGCACAGAUAGUAUCAUCGAUGGAUGAUCCGAUGAUAAUUUGAAAUGACCAAACAAGAUUUAUUGUCUUCCUCAGGUUUGGGAUCUUAAGCUCUCUAUAAAAAUAACUGUACAGCAAGCCCAGAAGUUAAAAAGGAAGAAGACCAAAAUGGUUUCGGUGGGAGAUUGAUUAACAAUGUUAGCCUUUCCUGAUUAUUCUGUGUAUUAGAAGAAGAAGAAAGAGAAGGGAAAAAGAAAUUUAGAGGGAUUUUGAGUAAAAGUCUCAGUGUUAUAUAAAAGCUGCCCAGGUUGGCUGUAGUAAUGUUGCCUUCUCUAGUGGCAGUUUUAUUGCAACAUUAUUACUGCUUUUACUUCUUUUUUUGUACCUUUGUCUGUGUGUGUAUCAACUUUUAUUUCUAAAUUUGAAGACCCACCGAGGAGUGAGGACUUAGAUUGUAUAUUUGAGUUUCGUUGGGAGUCAAUUUCUAACCAAACUUGGAUA